AUCAAUUUGAUCAAAUUUAUUUACUAUUUCACAGACUCGUAGCUCGUAUUUGCCAAUACCUACAGCCCCACAGGGAUAGACGACUUCUCAGGAAUUAUGUGUGAACUAAUAAAUAAAUUGCACGGCGCUUAACAUAACGUUAAAUCGUCGGUGUUCAAAGCUUAAUUUUGAAAAUAUUAUUCAUAUCUACAAUACAAUGUGCGCCAACCAGUUUUCUCAGUAAUUCAGCUAGCAAUUCUCGUGCUGUGUUCAAAAAGACGUUUACAGUGAGGGGCAAACUUAAGAAAAACGAACUAUAGUACGUGUCCAUUUUUUGUUUUUGUAGGCCAUAAUGAUAAGGACUCUGUAUUUGAUUUGACCAUUUAUUUAAACAUCCAUUGUUGAUGUGGUCUUAAGGUGUGCUUGUUUUUUACUUAUGGUAUUGUGUGCUGAUUAAUUUAUCACUGGAGAGGCCGAUAAUAUCGUGGCUGGUGGCGUAAAUUUACCGGUUCUAUACCAUAUUAAUACCUAUUGACAUUGGGUACCUAUUUUGGAAACAGACAAGGGUCCAGCAAUGGCAUCUUCAAUUGUCCAAUAUGUUGUAGUUCGGUCAGAUUUAAUAACUACAUUGAAAUGGCCUCUUGGAGCUGUCAUCGCUCAGGCCUGCCACGCAACAACGGCGGUGAUGCACCUCUUCAAAGAUGACCCGCACGUGCAGACCUACCUGUCAGAUGUGGACAACAUGCACAAGGUGGUGCUGGCGGCGCCGGACGCUGACGCGCUCACCCGGCUGCAUGAAGCUCUCCGCGAGGCGGCCGUCGACCACAAGCUGUGGGUGGAACAACCAGAGGAUGUGCCCACCUGCCUGGCCGCCAAGCCGGCACCGAAAGUCGAGGUGCAAAAGUACUUCAAGAAGUUCAAGCUGUUUAGCGUCGAUUUAUGAUGUGAUUAUAACACUUUUUAAUGGAAAUAUAUUUAUGUUUAUAA